GAUAACAAUGGUAAUGAUGAUGGUGAUCACGAUGUUGAUGAUGAUAACAAUAAUGGCAAUAAUAAUGAUGUUGAUAAUAAUGAUAAUAAUGAAGGUGAAAUUAGGGCUGGUAAUAGCAAAAGAAAAAGGGCUGAAGAAACUGGGUAUAAUCUUCGCCCUAGAGACCCCAGAAAAAAUUAUAAGGACAGACCUUUGAGGUGUCCACAAAAAAAGAAGAGUUGUUAUGUGGUAG